AUGUCUUCAGACCGAUAUGUGUCUCGCAAGGAGGUCAAUGCCUCCUACCGCCCCAAGAGCUCUCUCAUGUCCCCGGGCCUGCAGCGCGCCCGCAAGCCCUACCGCCUGCCCAACGCCAUAACUGGCCUCACGCUCCUCGGAUUCGGCGUCGGCGUCUGGGCGUACUCUAUCAGCGCCGUCAAGCAGGACGACUUCUCCGAUGUCGACAAGCAGGCACUCGAGCUCCAGAAGCAGCUGGCCGACGACGUCGAGGCCGCGCGCGAGACCGGCGCGACAGCGGCCAUGGCGGCAGCGGAACUCGUACCGUUCCCGACCGAGCCGACCCCCAAGCUUCAGCGCACGCUAGCGCGAGAGGGCCUUCUGGCUUCUGCGGUGGACAGGCGGUUCCCGAGGCUGCUCGACCCGGAUCGCAAGACGUUUGUGUGGGGAGCACCGCCGGUGGAUAAUAUCGGGCGGUUGUGGGAUCGACCUUGA